AAGGUAGCGCGUCGAGACCAGAAUAAAAGUGAGGCCACGAAAAACAGGCCCAUUGGAAAUCUUCGUACUGAUUUUUGGUAUGGCUGUGCCAUCUGUGCCGUAAUUGUAAAUAGCCCUUAAGGGAAUAAUGUUUUUGAAAAUGAUCGUAAGUUUCGUAAUGUCUCUCGUCGGUGCGUUGAAUCGUAGAAUGACGAAGCAAAAUUUUUGGAAAAUUACGCUAGAAUGGGAAUUUAUGAAAGAAGUUCUGUGCAAGAAAAAGCUUGAAUAUUUAUUUCUGGGUGCCGUUACGUAAAAUAUUUUUUCAGAUAUAUAUAAUAUAGAGUUGAAAACUUCAUUAAUGAGAAUGGAUCCUCUUUCGCCUGGUCCAUGCCUGGAUAUUAGUGACGAUGAACUUGUCUCAAUAUCUGUACGUGAUCUAAACAGGCAACUGAAAUUGCGUGGUUUGACACGUGAAGAAAUUGUUCGCAUGAAACAACGCAGAAGAACACUGAAAAAUCGAGGCUAUGCUGCUAGUUGUCGUAUCAAAAGGAUUGAGCAGAAAGACGAACUUGAAUCAGAGAAGACUCAAGAGUAUCGUGAUAUGGAAACUAUGCAAGAAGAUAACAAUAGAAUGCGCGAAGAAAUUGAUUCCUGGCAUUCAAAAUAUCAAGCACUUAAAAAAUUUGCAGCAGAAAAGAAAAUUCCAAUCCCACCUGAAUUAGAGAAUAUGUAAGAAUAUUUGAUUACAACUAAACAUUGGAGCAGAAUUUAAUGUUUCGUUAAGACUGAGACUGGAAUUAUAUUUAGGCAAAAAUGUAUAUUGAUAUAACUUUUCAUUGCAUUUAUGUAAUUAUGAUGAAACAUUACUAUUGUCAAUAGAAGUUUGUACUUAUUUUAAGUAUAAUCAUUAUGUUCAGUGGCAAAUUUGAUCUAAUUCUAUAACACUGCAUAGAUACGUGAUAUAUAAUUUUGAUAAUCGGUAUAGAGGUCAAUUUAACGUUUAUUUUUAUUUUACAUAGAUAUCUAGUAUGAAGCUCUGUAAAUUGUGAAACUUCAUUACAUACGCUGUACUCUUAAUACUAUCAUUCAGUUGCAAUUUGUUCUAAUUUACAAACAUUAUAGAGAGGGUGCAAAUUUACAAAACAUUUAUUCAUAAUUGUAGAAGAACAAAUCAUUUCUUAAUGCAGCAAAUAAUUUGUAUACUGGCAUUAAAAAAUACAUCAUUUGUAAA